AUGAAUGGCCUGUCAAGCAAGGAACAGCCUCCCAAUGAAUCUUAUUCGAAGUUUCCGGAGCAACAUUCGUUGUUGGAAUCUUUUGAAGAAGUAGCACGUACAGAAUGCAUGAAACGGAUUUUUAAUGUGAUAGAACGUAUGCCUUUUGAAAAAUUGAAUAACAUUAUUCAAAAUUCAAACUCGGACGACGAAAUUGAAAUCAUAAAAAUCCUGGAACGGAAAGAAAUAAUCACGGCAGAAGACAGAAAAGAUCCCAUUUACGAUGAAAUCAAACAAAGGAUCGGAAAAGACUGGAAAUUCGGUGUCCAAAUAAUUGAGCACGUGAGGAUCUGUUUAAACGAAGUGACUCUUGACCAGAAUCUUUCUCCUAUGGCAUUGGAAGUAUCAAACUCGUCUAUCUUGCGUAUUAUAUCAGACAUGAAACAUGCUGCUGAAAUACGCUCUUAUGGAAAAACUGGACAAAAAAGUGAGUCAAUCAAGAAAUCUCUACUUAGUUUCAUCGCAACCGGAAUCCCUGGGUUGGAAAGUCCAUCUGUCAAUACUCACGCGGAAGGCAAAGCCCACAAAGCAUACAAAAAGAAGCAGGAAGAGAGAUUUUUGAAAUCCAAGAGUUCUUUUGAUGAGGAUUCUGAGGAUAAUUCUUCCGUUUCCUCCGUAACUGUCUUGAAAGCCAUACAAUGUACACCUAAAAACUCAAAUCGAACAGUUGGAGAUAGUGAUUUGCUUUGUACCUCAGCUGCAACCCCUGCAGAUGGACAUGAUAAAGGUAACCAGUCCCCUGUUGUGAAUCCCAAAGAAGUAUAUGUUUUAGAGAUGGAUAUCAAUAAUGCAGUCGCCUCGGAGGAAUCGAAUGAAGCUCGUACUCCAAGUUCGAAUGUGGGAAAUUUAGAUGAAGAAACUCAGACAGAUGUUUUCGGAACAUUAGCCGGUGAAAACAUAAUAGCUGAAGAUUCCACCGAGUCUCGACAACAGCGUACUAUCGAAACUGACACGACUCGUGAAGCUGCUAUAAGUUCGUCAUCGAAACGGGAUGAAAGCAAUAGUUCGCAUGUUACAAAACCAGCAACUGGUGAAGGAGUUGAUUCAAAAAAGACAUCGGCAACUCUUCUGCACGGUUCGAAUAAAUCCGCGAAACUAAUGGACUCAACAAAACCCACACCGAGACCGCCGUUGGAGACGGCAGAACCUCGGAAAGAAAGUGAUACAAUUUUGGAUGUUGCAAAUGGAACUACUUUGGAACCUCAGGACACUUUGAUGAAUUAUACCACAGAAUCCUCACCCAUUACAACAGAGCAUCUUGCAAGUGAUGUUCAAGAUUCAUCAAGAAUCGUAGUGAGACCUGAGUGCACAACAGAUAUUGCAGCUAAUACAAGCAACUGUUUGAGCAAUACCAGCACUUCCUAUGUGCCCACAGUUCCGGCAUCAAAAGUGUGUGAUGUUGUGGGUGAACCGUUAACUGUGGAUAUAGAUCAAGAAAGUUCAAAAUCGAACACCGCCACAAAAGUGCUGAGAAGGUCGAAUAGGAAAAUCACGAAUACAAAGAAAAUGUCUGCUGAAGAGAUAGGAGAGGAAGACGAAUAUGAUCAUAGAAAAGAAAUAUCAGCGAAGACCAGAAGAACUAGGAAUCGCAGAGACCGCAAAAGGACUAGUUCUAAAAAGAAGACAGAUACAGCAACCACGAGUGCUCCAAUGUCAUCUUCCCAAACGGAGCAAGUCCACAAUUCAGCAGAAGAAGGAAGAACUGCAGAUCCCUUGGUUCCUCCUUUAAAUUAUAACCUGUACAAAAACCCAAGCACACUCUCGAGCAAUGAAAUUGCACAUCCGGCUGCAACUAUUGAUGUAAUGGAAAACGAACAAUUGAAGAAAGGAUCAUCUCCGCAGAUUAGUGGAAUCGACCCAAUGCUUGCAGACGCAAGUACUAAUCAAAAACAACGACAGCGCAAACGCAAGACAAAAACGAUUCCUUCAGAAUUCCCGAAACCAAACAAGAUAAUAAACUUCGGAACUACGGACUCAACUCAAGCUCCAAAUCCUAUAAUGAUUCCCUCGAAUACUUUCCAAGUGGCUCACCCGAACCAAAUGGAAUAUGUCAGUCAGGCACUUUCUUCAUUGACCAACAACCGUUCCUCAAACCAAAAUUUUGGAUUCAUGAACGUGCCAUUCAAUCAAUCCACUUGCAGCGUAACCGAGGCUAACCAAAUCCCCCGUGCGAGUGAUCUUAUUGCUUGCUAUCAACCAACAACAACGAACUUCACUUCACUAGUAUCGGUGAACCAGGUGAAUGGAUCUAACAAUCAGUCAUUUCCCCAAGUUGGUCAAAUGGAUCCAAGCUAUCAGCCAUUUUUAAGUGGAACCAGUGAAUUGAUAAACCAACCUCAUUUCGACUCUAGCUACACAUCACCAGUUCAACUUUCACAUCAAGGCUCAACGGAUGGCGAGUUUUCAGGUAAAAUCUUUGAAAAAGCUUCUAUGAUUUAUGUUUCCAUAAACACUCGUGGUGCAUAA